AUGUCAGCCAAAGAGCUAACAACCUCAGUGUGGAAGUCCGAAAGGGUCAGUGGCAGGUUUUUUGUUCUAGCGAGUGGCCGGCUUUCAAUGUCGGAUGGCCGCCAGAGGGAACCUUCGACCUCCCAGCAUCCACCGAGUCAGGGGGUGCCAGAAAAACACCAUCCUCCCCCUCCGGGGGAGGCAGAUGCUGUUCCGAGAGCGGGAGGCGGAAACGCUCCAGUGGGAAGGCCGCCCUUUACCAGACAAAGGGCUCAGAGGGAGCAAUCCGCCUCCGCCGCUGACUCCACUAUUCUGCCCCUGCGAGCCACCGGACUCCCAGACGCGGAGGGGAAUCAGCCCCAUCGCUAUUGGCCUUUCGCCACUAGUGACCUCUACAAUUGGAAAGCUCAGAAUCCUAAGUUUUCUGAGAAACCGGCAGGGCUUAUUGAUUUAUUAGACUCUGUUCUUUUUACCCAUCAGCCCACGUGGGACAAUUGCCAGCAGCUUUUGCAGGUCCUGUUCACGACUGAGGAAAGAGAAAGAAUCCUCAAUGGGGCCCGAAAACUAGUUCCGGGCGCAGACGGGAAUCCCACCACCAACCAGGCUCAGAUAGAUGCCUCCUUCCCCUUAACUCGGCCCCAGUGGGAUUUCAACACGGCAGAAGGUAAGGAGAGGCUCCGGGUCUACCGCCAGACUCUAAUGGGGGGUCUCUGAAUGGCUGCUAGAAAGCCAACCAAUUUGGCCAAGGUCGGAAAUGUACAACAGGGAAAAGAUGAAUCUCCAGCUGCCUUUUUAGAACGGAUCAUGGAGGCAUUCCGUACCUAUGCCCCCAUGGAUCCAGAGGCUCCGGAAAGCAAGGCAGCUGUUAUCAUGGCCUUUGUAAACCAAUCGGCCAAAGACAUUAGGAGAAAAUUACAGAAAAUAGAUAGGCUAGGAGAAAAAAGUCUGCAGGACUUACUGGUGGUAGCCGAAAAGGUAUAUAAUAAGCGGGAGCCUCCUGAGGACAAGCAGGCUCGCGCCAUGGCGGCUGCCAGCAGGAAGCAGACUCGAGACCUGGCCAGAAUACUACUAGCUAUCACUGCUGAUUCCCCCGAGGAAUGAGACCACCGUCUCCGGCAGCCGGUGGGCGACUCAAGAGGAGGUAAAGGAACCACCAAGGGGGGAAAGCAGAGGCUGCAGAAGGAUCAGUGUGCAUACUGCAAGGAGAUAGGGCAUUGGGCCCGAGAGUGUCCGAAAAAGGCCGGCAGGAAGGGAAGUAAGACUGAUCGAGUAAAAGUCUUAGAGCUAGAUGAACUGAGUGAUUAGGGGAGUUGGGGUUCAGAUCCUCUCCCCGAGCCCAGGGUAACUCUUAAAGUGGAGGGGACCCCUGUUGACUUCCUCGUCGACACUGGAGCACAACAUUCAGUCCUCUGCACCCCACAAGGAAAGCUAGCCAACGAGAAGUCCUGGGUACAAGGGGUAACUGGUAUGAGCCAGUAUUCAUGGACUACCCGAAGAACGGUAGAUUUGGGGACGGGCCGGGUAUCCCACUCCUUUAUGGUAAUACCGGAAUGCCCCUACCCGCUGUUAGGACGGGACUUACUGACCAAGAUUGGAGCUCAGAUAACUUUCAGACAAGGGGGGCCUCAGGUCACCGAUGGCAAGGGCCACCCCAUUCAGGUCCUGACCAUAAAACUAGAGGAUGAAUACCACCUCCACCAGGAGGUGCUCCCGAGAGAAGAUAAUAUAGACAGAUGCCAACCCUUGUUCACCUUCAAGUGGCAUGACCCGGAAGAGGGCUACAGCAGACAACUCACCUGGACACGGCUGCCUCAGGGGUUCAAAAAUUCGCCCACCAUCUUCGACGAGGCACUACACGAGGACCUGGGUGAGUACAGAAGGGAGCACCCUGGCCUCACCCUUCUACAGUAUGUAGAUGACAUCCUGAUUGCUGCCGACAUGGCCAAGGACUGCGAGCAAAGGACCCAGGACCUGCUGGCUACCUUGGGGGCCUUGGGGUACCGGGCAUCCGCGAAGAAGGCUCAGAUAUGCAGGGAGAGGGUAAGUUACCUGGGAUACAUCCUGGAGGGCAGACAGCGGCGGUUAUCAGAUGCCAGAAAAGAAACUUCCUAA